AGAAAGGACCGUCUACUCCAAGCGGUGACCACGCCCACUGUGCGUUUGUGUGCCGCCUGGUACGUCUGCCUCUGCGCACCCGGAACCGUAUCAAGCAGAAAACUUGGGUCGCUGCUCUGUGUUUUCCGUCGGAGUGUUACAGUUGUUGGCGCAAUCGUGAAGGUUUGUCAGGAUGGUCGUUCUAUCCAAAGAGUAUGGAUAUGUGGUGCUGACUGGUGUUGCCAGUAUGGUCAUGAUUGGACAUCUGGCGUUCAAAGUUGGCAAAGCUCGCAAGAAGUACAACGUGCAGUAUCCUCAGAUGUACAGCGAUGACCAAGAAAAUGGAAAUAUUUUCAACUGUAUCCAACGUGCACAUCAGAACACCGUGGAAAUGUACCCAGCCUUCCUCUUCUGCCUGGCCGUUGGUGGUUUGCAUUGUCCUCGUCUAGCCAGUGGACUUGGAGCUGUAUGGAUUCUAGGCAGAGAGGUGUAUGCACAUGGAUAUUCUACAGGAGAUCCGAAAAAGAGAAUGCGGGGAGCAUUUGGCAACCUGGCUUUGCUCGGGAUGAUCCUGACCACAGCCAACUUCGGCCGCCACCUCUUGGGUUGGACGGGACCGCAGAUCGGGCCCUUCCGUCAUGCUCACUGUUGUUGAUGAGGACAGAGACUUCAGGUUGGGCUCAGUGAAAUAAUUAUUACUAAAAAGACCACUACAUAAAACAUAUGAUGUACCUUGAAGCAUGCAUGCUAACCCUCCCAAAGGAAACAGUUGUCAAGUGACCUGACGGGUUUAACAUGAGGGAUGUGGUUUUUUCACACACUGACACUCCUUCUCCGAUCACAAGUCAGUUUGCCUCAAUAGCAUUUUCACCUGCUCCCUGAUUUUGAUAUUUUAAAUGAAUUUGCCACGCUACUUUUCAUAUAGUCUGUUUUUGCAAUAAACAAAUGAAGAUAAUGUUAUAAAAAGGGAAAUUUCAGAGGGGGGUACACUCCCAUGUUUGAUGGACAGAGUAGAACCCAGUGUGUGGUGAAAAGGUCCAUGUUUGCGCAUGAAUGUACAAACGAAUAUGGUUAGUCUAUAUUAAUGCUGCUGUCAUGCUUAAACAUAAUUCCAAUCACACUUGUCUUAUUUUUCUUGAUGUUUCUCCUACGGAAAACUGAUGUUAUUAACAUUGGUAGUAAAUCUGUUUGUGCUUCUUUUUUUAUUGGGAGUUGAAUGGGGAUAGGCAGUGUGUUUAAGGGAGUGGCUUUCUUUAUCUAAGAUAAGUAUUUCCUCACGUGACUUGUCGAGGCAAAUUCCCUGAGUGACAAAAGAAACUUGCCUUCAUACAAAUUACAAUGACACAGCAUAAUGCGUAAAGCUCACCCUCAUAUCAUUGCUAUCAUAAAACAACAUCCCACACUGUCAACGUUCAA